CUACUACCUCCCCAAAAAUAGAAGGGUGGUUUCAGAUGGAAUGAGUACGGUGGUCAUACGGUGCUCCGGUGGAGGCAACCGCGACAAUGGCGGUGGUCAUCUGUCCGGAGGGCCAUGAACAAACAUCCAACUCGAGCUCAGUAAAAAGUCACUUCUCAGAGCAUAGUACUCAAAGCUUAGUAUUGCUUGCCUAAUGAUGUUAUGCAACUCCAUCAGGUUUCUGCCGUCAAGCUUGCGACCGCCGAUCCGGCGGAAUUCCCGUCGUCUGAUCAGCAUCCUCGCUAGCAUCUCUUCUCCUCCGCCAUCUCCGCAGCCGCUCUCGAAUUUCCCGCGCCUCUCUCUCCUUGCCGACAAAUGUACCUCUAUGUGCCAAUUGAAAGAGAUCCAUGCCCUAAUGAUCACCACCGGCCGUAUCCAUGACAACUACGCCGCCAGCCGGUUAUUUUCCUCCGCCGCUCUUUCUCACGCCGUCGACCUUAAUUACGCCCUGGAAAUUUUCGGAAGUAUUCUAGAGCCGAACUCAUUCAUGUGGAACACCCUCAUUAGAGCCAUAGCAAGUAGCUCGGAACCACAAGAAGCGUUUUUUCUCUAUGUUAUGAUGCGCAGGGCCGGAGUGACACCGGGUAAACACACAUUCCCCUUUUUGCUCAAAGCUUGUUCCAACAGGAAGGAAUUUUGCGUCACUCAACAGGUUCAUACCCAGGUGUUCAAGUUCGGGUUGCAUUUGAAUUUGCAUUCAGCCAAUGGAUUGAUUCGUGCGUACUCUGUGACUGCUGGUUUGUACCAUGCCCGGAAGCUGUUUGAUGAAUUUCCCGAGAAAGGAACAACAAUAUGGACAACGAUGGUGUGUGGGUAUGCUCAAAAUGAUGAAUCCGGGAAUGCGAUUAAGUUGUUCAAGCAAAUGGUUGAUAAUGGAGUGGAGCCCAAUGGGGCCACUCUGGCAUCUGUGCUAUCGGCUUGUGCACAGGCUGGUUGUUUGGAAAUGGGGAAGGAAGUUCAUGUAUAUAUGGUGGAGAGAGGGAUGGAAAUGGGAGUGAUUUUAGGUACUGCAUUGGUAAACAUGUAUGCAAAGAAUGGAGCGAUAGUUGAAGCUACAACAUGUUUCUUUAGUAUGAGGGAAAAGAACAUUGCAACUUGGAAUGCAAUGAUCAGUGGGUUGGCAGCUCAUGGACAUGCCAAAGAAGCAAUUAACUUGUUCAAGAAGCUAGUGGUGGAGAAACAUUUGAAGCCAAAUGAUAUUACAUUAGUAGGGGUAUUAUCUGCCUGUUGCCAUGCCGGAUUCUUGGGUUAUGGUCGUAAAGUCUUCAACUCCAUGAAACAAUUGUAUGGCAUAGAGCCCAAACUAGAACACUACUGCUGCAUGGUCGACCUUCUAGGCCGAUGUGGAAAGCUCUUGGAAGCCGAGCAGUUGAUCAGAAGAAUGGUUUGGAAGGCUGAUGUGGUCAUCUGGGGAUCCCUGCUAAGAUCCUGCCAGAGCCAAGGGAAUAUACAGAUUGCAGAAAGGGUGGUUAAAGAGAUUCUUCGUUUGGACCCCAACAAUCAUGGUGUUUAUGUUGGUUUAUCCAAUAUGUAUGCAGAGUGUGGAAGAUGGGAUGAUGUUUUACGGAUACGGGAGGAAAUGAAACAAGGCAGCCUGAAGAAAACAUCUGGAUGGAGCUAUGUAAAUAAGUAAAGGGUUGUUUAUGAUUUGUUGUCUGAACCGAGUUGCGGUAUCUGCACUCUUUUCUUGGGAUUAUCCCAAAAUUUUCAUCUGAACAAUCAUUAUGUUUCUUCUAAUGUGUUCUAAAGUGGUUUGCUAUGAAUGAAAGAAGAAACUUACAACCUCCAAUCUCACGAAAGCAAUGGGGAGAUCUUAUGGUGCCGUCAGUAGGUCAUAGAGCCGUCAGCAGCACCAGAGAGGCUUCUUCCUGUCCUCUAGGCUUAUGAAAUGGGCAAGCUCUAGAGCUGGGGAAUGCGCAACGUUUCUAAUACAACAAUGUUAGUUAACCGCUCUUCUGGGAACCAAGAACAAACUAUGGAAUAUAACAACAAGAACUCAAAGAACAGUCAAGAGGCAAGUGAAGGGAUUAGGCUUUCUCUAGGACUGAUGCAUUAAGCGGCUCAACAAAUAGGGCUGAAUGGAAGCCAUAUGAGGAGGCCUUGGGCAGGGCACAUGGAAGGACUGCAUCUCCUGGAGGAUUUUGUAUAGAUGUCAUUAGUGACUAGACUUGUAAAUUUGCGUCGAACACAACCCGAACCCAUUUGACCUCGAUUUUUGGGUGUCAAACCUACUUUUUGGACCCGUCAGGCCGACUUUAAAGUUAAAU